AUGGCUAUUGGAUUGCCAGGAAAAGUUGCCAAGCAAAUUCUUAGACGGUCCAGUUCCGGUUCUAGCAAAUCAUCAUCUUCAAGGUUUCAAGAUGUGCCAAAGGGUUACUUGGCAGUAUAUGUGGGAGAGUCGUCACUGAGGAAGCGGUUUGUAGUACCACUGUCGUAUUUGAGCCGGCCUGCAUUUCAGGACCUGUUGAGUAUGGCUGAAGAAGAAUUUGGUUUUGAUCAUCCAAUGGGUGGUUUGACAAUUCCUUGCCGGGAAGAAAUUUUCAUUUCUAUGACUUCAGACUUGAGUUGA